AGGAAAUGUGAGUAUCAGGAAGUAGACAGAAGUAGACAGUGAGAUUUGUUGUGUCGCCAAAAUAACCACCGCAUAGGUGAAAAUAUCCAGAAAACACACACAGACAGAGACACCGCAGAGUUUAGAGAAAGUCCAGGAAGACGCUGCAGAGGAGGUUUAAGGCGAGGAGGCCAUGAAUCGAAUGCCCCUGCAGCAGCCGCAGACCUGCGGGCCGUGGGAGCUGAAGGAGCGGCUCGGCACCGGAGGCUUUGGGAAUGUCACAAGAUGGCAGAAUAAGGACACAGAGGAGCAGAUUGCUCUAAAGCAGUGCCGUCAGGAGCUGAGUGAACGGAACAAAGAGCGCUGGUGCCUGGAGAUACAGAUCAUGAGGAGGUUGGAUCAUGUUAACGUCGUCGCAGCACGGGAAGUUCCUGAGGGAAUGCAGAAACUGGUGGUCACUAAUGACCUGCCGCUGUUCGCCAUGGAGUAUUGUCAGGGUGGAGAUUUGAGAAAGUAUCUGAACAUCCUGGAGAACUGCUGUGGAAUGAGGGAGGGAUCCAUUCUGAUUCUCUUACGGGACAUUUCUUCGGCUCUAACCUACCUCCACAGUAAGAGGAUCAUCCACAGAGACCUGAAACCAGAAAACAUCGUGCUACAGCAAGGAGAGAAGAGGCUCAUCCAUAAAAUCAUAGAUCUCGGCUAUGCCAAGGAGUUGGACCAGAGCAGCCUCUGCACGUCGUUUGUGGGAACGCUACAGUACUUGGCCCCCGAGCUUAUUGAGAGACAGAAGUACACGGUCUCUGUGGACUACUGGAGCUUUGGCACGUUGGUGUUUGAAUGCAUCACCGGAUUCCGACCAUUCUUACCAACCUGGCAGCCUGUUCCUUGGCACAACAAAGUCAGGCUGAAGAACGACGACGACAUUGUCGUUUACGAGGACCUCAGUGGGGAAGUAAGAUUCUCCAAACAUCUUCCCUGCCCCAAUAACCUCAACAGUCUGCUAUCUGAGCGGCUGGAGAAGUGGCUACAGCUGAUGUUAAAAUGGUCCCCGAAGGAGAGAGGAAAAGGCCCCAACGCUACGCCCAACGAGUGUUUCCAGCAGCUGGAGACGAUACUGCAGCUCAAGCUGGUCCACGUCCUGAACAUGAUGUCUGCCAAAAUCCUGAUAUACGCCAUCUCGGAUGACGAGACUGUCGCCAACCUGCAGCUGAGGAUUGAAAAGGACACCAACAUCCCGGCGGCCAAUCAGGAGCUGCUGCUCGAAGCGGGGCUGGUCCUGGAGCCAAAUGCGCUGGCCUCCCAGUGCGCCGUGGAUUACAUGGAGGUAGACGGACGACGGACAGACUAUCCGCUUGUUUUCCUGUUUGACUGCUCCUCUUGCACUUACGAACCCCAGUUUAGUCCGCGAAUCCUCCCCGAAAACGUCAGCUUCAUCCAAAAAGAUCCCAGGUACGUUCUUCAGUACAGCCAGCUGAGGAGGACUUGUGGCCAGGUGUGGCACACCAUCCGCUCCCUGAAGGAGGACUGGCAACGUCUGCAGCAAGGCCAGAAAGCUGCCAUCAUGAGCCUCCUGCGUCACAACUCCACGUUGUCCAAACAGAAGAUCGAGAUGGUUUCCAUGUACCAGAGACUGACAGCCAAGCUGGAUUUCUUCAACACCAGCCUUCACAUAGACAUGGACAAGUACCAGGAGCAGACGGCCACUGGGAUCGCGUCAGAUAAGCUUCUGAGUGUGUGGAGGGAAAUGGAGCAAACGGCCCUCAGCUGUGGUCAGGCUCAGGUGGUCGAACUGGAAGAGGAGAUGAUGAGGCUGCAGCCAGACAUCGUGGAUGUGCAGAGGCAGCCGUGGAGGAGCGGCGAGAAUUUGGACACGCUGGAAGGAAAGGCCAUGGAGCUGUUCCGCAAACUCAGAGAAAAACCCAGAGACCAGAGGAUGCAGGGAGACGGCAUGGAGGCGGCGAGUCUGGUGGUUCAGGCGGUGCAGUUCUACGAGAAGAAACUCAGAGAUUUCUACACAGUCCUCAGUAAAACUGCAAUGUGCCGUCAUCGUGUGAUGGAGCUGCUGCCGAAGGUGGACGACGUGGUCCAGAAGUUGGCCGAGAGCGAACGGGUCCUGAUGAGCCUGCAGGAGAAACGACAGAGGGAGCUGUGGAACCUGCUGAAAAUCGCCUGUAGCAAAGUUCGAAGCCCAGUGAGCGGAAGUCCUGAUGGGCUCCGGACCCCUUCAUCAGUGCCUUCUCUGUUGACCCCCAAACACAGCUCACAGCCACAGGAUGAGUCCCUUCUGGAGGAGAGCAGGACAUUCGAGAGCCGCCUCCAAAGUUUGCUGCAAGAGACCAUCCAGGAGUCAGAGAGCAGCAUGGACAUGCUGAAGGAGUGGACAUGGCUGCGAGGGGACCAGAAUUUCUCCAGCGACCUCUCCUGAUAAACGCGACUCUCUGGUGCCUCCAAGUGGAUGACGACUGGCGGCCGUUCAACCGGAUGUCUGACCGCGUGUAUAGAGCUUAACUUGCUGCCGGCACAUAUUCUCCUUUUUUAAGACUUCCAUUUGGUUGUUUGCAGAGUGUUUGAGGAAUAUGGGACCUAAAAUUAACGUUCUAUAGUACAAUAUUUUUUAUUUUUUUGUAAAAUACUUGUGCUUCUUUCUCGGGGAGAUCGACCAUCCUUUUUAAAAUCCCAGGUAGAUUCCUUUGUUAAAAACAGAACCGUUCUAAAAUAAGCUCAUUUUAUCCUCCCUUUUAAAACGCUAAAAUGAACGUAAAUGGUGUAAGGAGAGGCUUUGGAUUUAUGUGUUUCAACAUCUAUGCUGGAUUUUUUUCAUCUUAUGUGUAUUGAUACAAAUACAGUCGGCCCUAUGGUGCGUCUCCUGACCAUUGUUUUUCAACAGAAGCUUUAUUUUUAAUCCACAGUAUGUUACUGUGCAGAUGGAAGCCUUAUGGAUUAAUAUGUACCGGUAAAUAUCUUUGCACCGACACAAUUUGUUAUUUCAGGUGUUGUAGUAGAAGAAAUUAAAAGCUAUUUUUAUAAUUGGGUUGAAUCGACUCUCAGCAGUUAUUUAGCGGAUUUUCUGUGUUUAUAUCGAAAUAAAUUUUUAGGCAACAC